AUGGCGACAACUCGCGGCGGCGCUACGAAUCGACGAAAUAAAACGCUAUCUACGAUCUUCGCCACUGCGGCAAGCUACGCCUCUGCGUAUGAAGCGUUGACUUCAUCUUCUUAUUCAUCGUGGGAAGCAAAGCCGGACAAUUUUCAAUGCGGAGGAUCAAUCACUGGCCCGGGGACAAUUCGAUCUCCAAACAGCGCAAAUAACUUCUACUACGAUCAAGUGGACUGCUUCUGGAACAUUGCACUCGAUCCUUCCGUCACUCAGUUCACCAUCGUUGCCAAGUCGUUCUCCGUUGAAGAAUGUGCAGGUUGCGGCUGCGAUUGGCUUGAAAUUAUCGACAGGAGCUACCAGGGAAAGGCCUACUGUGGUCUUGUCGACCCCAACACUCUUCGACGCCGACGAUCUGCUGAAAAAAAAUCGGGUGGAGAUCUGGAAGGUAGACAGACUUCGUGGCAACCGACCGACCAGACCGGCCUGAAAACGCACACUGUGAAUGGAAACAUGGGUACAAUCAGAUUUUACUCCGAUGACAGCGUAUCGUACAGAGGCUUCGAACUCUGCAUCUCCAUUGACGGAGAUGACUCCUGCCCGCUGCCUGAUGGAGGAUCUGCCGGCAGUGCCGGUGGUAACGGUACUACUACAGACGCGCCCGCUACUCCGGCCGAGGCUUGGGAUGCGAUCGCCGUAGCUGCUGCCGAUGUUGCCGUCGAAGUCGACGACUUUUAUGCCGCCCUUCCUGGCCUCGGCAAAAACUCAGUUCUCGCAUCAAAGAAGGUCGAUCGAUACAACGCUUUCUUCAACAAGAUGCUCUUCCUCCAGAACAAAGCUUCUGCUGAUCCCUGCGACUACCCCGCCGGCUCGAACGAUCCCGCCACUUUCGUCGCACCUGUCGAUUCCGACGAUGCUUGCGAAAAACUUCAAGGAGUUUUCGCCUCGCUCAUGUCCUUCGUCGACUCUUACGUCUGCAUGAACGACGCCGACGAGAGCCCUCUCAGAUUGACAAGACUCAUCCAACGACAGCGAAUGCAGAUUGUCACCAGGAAGCUCAAGCAGAUGAAGUGCGGAAACUAA